AUGGCACGCGAAGGAACUCGUCAAGCGACCGGAAACUCCAAGCCGAGAAUCUUCCCAACGGUCGCAGAGACCACCACCACAAAGCGCGCUACAGCCAAUACAGGUGCAAAGAGAGGACCAAAGAAGGCCACCGCUACAAAGGCCUCCAAGCCAGUGGGUGUGAAGAAGGCUGCACCAGCAAAGAAGACCUCUGUUGCUACCAAGGCUAAGGGUGUUGUCAAGAAGGUCGAAGGAGCUAUUACCAACAACCCAGCAAAGAAGGCUGCUGGUACCAAGAAGAUCAAGGGUACCGAUGGUGCUAAACCAAAGACCAAAGUCGUGGCCACCAAGAAGAAGUAG